ACGUUUCCAUAAGUCAACUUAUCCGUCAAGCUCCGGCUUUAUUCACUGCUACAGUUAUUUCCCCUUCAAAUUUCCUUGGAUUUUCUAUAAUUAAUAGCGAGUGGUUAACUUAUGUAUUUAGAUUCUUCUACUCUGUCCUGUUAGUGAAUUUAGACUGAAAAAGAAAAAAAUGAAGUUGGUACCAAGAGAAAUAGAGAAAUUGAUGCUCCAUAACGCUGGAUUUCUGGCUCAAAAGAGUCUUGCCCGUGCCCUACCUCUUAAUUAUACUGAAGCCGUUGCUCUUAUUGCAACUCAGCCAGAUUCGUUUUGAUGUAUUUCAUUUUUCACAAUGACAAGGUAUUAGAAUUUGUCCGUGAUGGAGAUAAGAGUGUGGCCGAGCUGAUGGACGUAGGGAGACAAUUACUGGGAAGGAGACAAGUUCUUCCAACUGUUCCUCAUCUCUUGGAUACUGUUCAGGUAGAGGGGACCUUUCCGGAUGGAACAAAACUAAUCACCAUCCAUGAUCCUAUAGCAUGUGAAAAUGGAAAUCUGGAUCUUGCUCUGCUCGGUUCUUUCCUUCCUGUUCCUCCUCUGGACAAGUUUCCGUUGAUAGAAGAUAGUAAAAUUCCUGGUCAGUUGUGCUUUGGAGGUGGGCUGAUUGUCCUUAAUCCUCACAGGAAGGCGGUAAUUCUCAAAGUCACUAACACAGGUGACAGACCAAUUCAGGUUGGCAGCCACUAUCACUUCAUCGAGGUCAAUCCAUCCUUGAUUUGUGAUCGAAGGAGAGCGCAUUGCAUGCGGUUGAAUAUACCUGCCGGCACAGCUACAAGGUUUGAACCAGGAGAAACAAAAAGUGUUGUUCUUGUUAGGAUUAGUGGCAAGCAAGUGAUCAGAGGAGGUAAUGCAAUUGCUGAUGGUCCAGUUGAUGAUGCAACGGUUAUGACAGUAAUAGGAGCUCUGACUCAAGGAGGAUUUGGCCAUUUGGAAGAACCAAAUGCAAGGGAAGGUGUUGUCGGAGAAGAAUCUUGCUUUUCUUUUUCAAUGUCUCAUGAGGCAUAUGCCAACAUGUAUGGCCCCACCACCGGAGACAGAAUACGUCUGGGUGAUACUGACCUUUUUGCUGAGAUUGAGAAAGACUUUAGUGUCUAUGGUGAUGAGUGCGUGUUUGGGGGUGGAAAGGUUCUAAGAGAUGGAAUGGGUCAAGCGUCUGGAUAUCCUUCAGCAGAUUGUUUGGAUACUGUUAUAACAAAUGCUGUAGUGAUUGACUACACAGGGAUUUUCAAGUGCGAUAUUGGAAUUAAAGAUGGUCGUAUCUUUUCCCUUUGUAAGGCAGGUAACCCAGAUGUCAUGGAUGGCGAUACGAUAAUUGGGGUUAACACUGAGGUAAUUGCAGGCGAAGGAAUGAUUAUCACAGCAGGAGCUAUAGAUUGUCAUGUGCACUUUAUAUGCCCUCAACUGGCAUAUGAGGCAAUAUCAAGUGGAAUCACUACAAUGGUGGGAGGUGGUACAGGACCUGCUCAUGGGACACGUGCAACCACUUGUACACCGGGGCCUGUGCAUAUGGAAUUGAUGUUGCAGUCAACAGACGAACUUCCCCUAAAUUUUGGCUUCACUGGAAAAGGUAACAGUUCCAAGGCUGAGGGCUUACAUGAAAUAAUCAAAGCUGGAGCAAUGGGCCUGAAGCUUCAUGAGGACUGGGGAACUACUCCUGCUGCUAUAGAUAUGUGCCUUGCUGUUGCAGAUCAAUAUGACAUUCAGGUCAACAUCCAUACUGACACCUUGAACGAAUCUGGAUUUGUUGAGCAUACAAUUGCUGCUUUUAAAGGUCGCACCAUACAUACAUACCACAGUGAAGGUGCUGGUGGUGGACAUGCUCCGGAUAUCAUCAAAGUUUGUGGUGUAAAGAAUGUCAUUCCCUCAUCAACCAAUCCCACACGUCCAUUCACUUUGAAUACUGUGGACGAGCACCUUGACAUGCUGAUGGUAUGCCAUCAUCUGAACAAGGACAUCCGAGAGGAUGUAGCUUUUGCUGAAUCGCGGAUUCGAGCUGAAACAAUUGCUGCAGAAGACAUUUUGCAUGAUAUGGGAGCAAUUAGCAUUAUAUCUUCUGAUUCACAAGCCAUGGGUCGAAUUGGAGAGGUGAUUAGUAGAACAUGGCAGACUGCCCAUAAGAUGAAGUCAUUUAGAGGACCACUGGACAUUGAUGGGCCAGACAGUGACAAUUUCCGGAUCAAACGAUACGUCGCAAAAUACACUAUAAAUCCUGCAAUUGCUAAUGGAAUCUCUCAAUAUGUUGGAUCAGUUGAG